AUGAAAAAGGUUAACACAGACGCGUCCAUGUCCAAGCUGGCGUGCCUCGCAUGCCGCAGACAGGAGCGCAAGUGCACGCGCGAGGUGCCGUCAUCACCGUCCUGCCGUUAUAUCCUACCUCAUGAGAUCAAGCCCUCAUCGGAGCUGGGCCAUGCGCGGAACCUGUUUUCCACCACUCUUCUCUCUGGACUCGGAAGCUUUCGCAGAGCUCAAGAGCUUGCAGGUUAUGACAAUGAAUAUAUCCUGCACCUCGCCGAAGUCUACUUUCAGUCCACUUACGGGAUCCUUCCCAUUGGCGCCAAAAAUAAGAAGGCCGGCUUUCUGCUCCUUGUUUUGUGCAUGGCAGCCGUCAGCCAGUCACCGAAUGCGGCCGCGUACCAGAGAGCCAAGCAUUGUCUCCAUCUGCUGGAGAGCCAGGACAUGAUUUCUAUGCCGCUUCUGCAGUCGGCCAUUAUGAUAGGUUAUUACGAGCUUAGCAGCGCCAUUUACCCAGCUGCAUUCCUGACCGUUGGCCACUGUGCUCGGCUUGGCCAGGCCAUGGGCGUUCACGACAGGAAAAACGCGCCCCAGCUAUUCAAAAGCCCAACUUCCAGGGUCGAAUGGGAGGAAUUGCGGCGGACGUGGUGGGCGGUCUUCAUGCCAGACCGUUUUGACAGUACUGAGAUAAUAGGCCAUUUGCCUGCGAUGCCGUCAGACCAGAAGCUUCUUCCCGUGGAGGAUGACCUUUGGGAUCGCGGAUACGUAUCUUGGCGCUUCCACGUUUGCUCGGACAUGCCAGGCAUCUGA